AGGUCGCCAACCACAAGACGAACAUGGCUUUCGGGUCGGCCCAGAUCGUUUUGACGGAGGAGGAGUUCAGUUGGGUCAAUCGACUCUUCCGAGUCAAAGAUCAGCUGCCCGGCGGACCCUCCGCCAAGUUCCUGUUUUUCACUUCGACCCCAAACCCAUGCAAAAAUCUCAAUUCCUACUUCCAAGAGGCCUGGAAGUCCAUGGGCCUUCCCGGGUGCCCCACCUUCACUGACGUCCGCACGUCCAUCGCCAGCCACAUAAAAUUCACCCACACCAACGACGACCGGGUCAAGCUGUCCAAGUUCAUGUGCAACGACACCAGGACGGCGGACAAAUUUUACGUUGCCAACUUGACCCCCCAGCAGGCCAUGGAGCACCGGAGGCUCUUCGACACUGCCCUGGAGGGCGAAGAGAGGGGCUCCCCGUCAAAGCAGCCGACUUCAAUCAAACACAAGUGGCCCGCGAAGGGGAAGGAGCCCCUCAAGAAGAAGAGGAGCGCUCCAGAGUCCUCGGACAAGGAGAUGACUUCGGGCAGCACGACUCCAGAGGCGACCAAGAGCCCGGAGUACCAGGAGUCUGGGACGUCCAGCCCCGAGUCCAGUGGGCACGAGGAGCAGCAGGAUGAGGAGGAGGAGAAGGCCGAGUCAGGCGCAGAGGCGGUGGGAUCCCAAGACGAGGAGGAGGAGACGACCACCCCAAAAAAGUACCCGCGGCGGAGAGGGAAAGCUACGGUGCUCCUGACUCCCCUGAAAUGUUUGGCGUCGACUCAGAGGCACGUGUCCCCGCUGAAAGUCAAGAAGGCCAUCUUUUCCCCCACCUCCACGACCCUCGUCGGCCUGACACGCCAAAAGGAGGUCUCCAAGAAGGUCAAGGAGGCCAUUAAGAAGCGCAGGCAGCGCAAAUAGACGUUGAAACUGAGUUGACGUUUUUUAGACGUCGAGUUCGUGUUCAUGGUCGCGUUUUUUCCGAGUGUUCGUGAGUGUUUGUUCCGCGAGAGAUUUUUAUUCUUCUAAUUUUAAACUGUUCAAGUGUUCAAGUGAGUUAA